AUGGGAGGCGAGAUGAAAGUCUGGGAGAGACGAAUGGAGGAAGAGACGGAAGGAGAGAUGGAGGAAAGCAGAAAAGAUGGAAGAGCCAAAUGGCUGGAUGAAGUAACGGGAGAAGCAAAACCACCUAACCUCUUCCCUACAGAAGCAGGACCACCUUACCUCUACCCUACAGAAGCAGGACCACCUUACCUCUACCCUACAGAAGCAGGACCACCUUACCUCUACCCUACAGAAGCAGGACCACCUUACCUCUACCCUACAGAAGCAGGACCACCUUACCUCUACCCUACAGAAGCAGGACUACCUUACCUCUACCCUACAGAAGCAGGACCACCUUACCUCUACCCUACAGAAGCAGGACCACCUUACCUCUACCCUACAGAAGCAGGACCACCUUACCUCUACCCUACAGAAGCAGGACCACCUUACCUCUACCCUACAGAAGUAGGACCACCUAACCUCUUCCCUACAGAAGCAGGACCACCUUACCUCUACCCUACAGAAGCAGGACCACCUUACCUCUACCCUACAGAAGCAGGACCACCUUACCUCUACCCUACAGAAGCAGGACCACCUUACCUCUACCCUACAGAAGCAGGACCACCUUACCUCUACCCUACAGAAGCAGGACCACCUUACCUCUACCCUACAGAAGCAGGACUACCUUACCUCUACCUUACAGAAGUAGGACUACCUUACCUCUACCCUACAGAAGCAGGACCACCUUACCUCUACCCUACAGAAGCAGGACCACCUUACCUCUACCCUACAGAAGCAGGACCACCUUACCUCUACCCUACAGAAGCAGGACCACCUUACCUCUACCCUACAGAAGCAGGACCACCUUACCUCUACCCUACAGAAGCAGGACCACCUUACCUCUACCCUACAGAAGCAGGACCACCUUACCUCUACCCUACAGAAGCAGGACCACCUUACCUCUACCCUACAGAAGCAGGACUACCUUACCUCUACCUUACAGAAGUAGGACUACCUUACCUCUACCCUACAGAAGCAGGACUACCUCUCCUCUACCCUACAGAAGCAGGACUACCUCUCCUCUACCCUACAGAAGCAGGACUACCUCUCCUCUACCCUACAGAAGCAGGACCACCUCUCCUCUACAGCAGCACACCUUUAAAAAUGCAGUUGAGGCGGUAA